CCCAUAGCGACGGGAGCAGGCGGCGGCCAUCUUGGCGGCGGCGGCAGCCGGCCCGGCGGCGAUGAGCGGCUCGAAGCCCAGGGUGGCGCCGGCUCCGGCGGGGAGGGGGGCCCUCAGCCGCCUCCGAGGGCCCAGGGGCUCCGGGGACGCCCCCGCCGCCGCCCUGCCCCGCACCGAAGCCGAGCUGCUGGCACUGGAGCCCGUCCGGCCCGAACACGUCCUCGGCCUCAGCCGCGUCACCGAAAACUAUCUGUGCCGACCUGAAGACAAUAUCUAUAACAUCGACUUCACCAAGUUCAAGAUCCGGGACCUAGAAACAGGGACUGUGCUUUUUGAAAUUGCCAAACCUUCAUCUUCAGAGCAAGAGGAUGAUGACAAUGAUCCUGGGGUAAUAGACACCAGCGCAGGCCGUUUUGUUCGCUAUCAGUUCACACCGGCUUUCCUGCGCCUCCGAACCGUCGGUGCAACAGUGGAGUUCACUGUGGGAGACAAGCCUGUGUCAAACUUCCGCAUGAUUGAAAGGCAUUAUUUCCGAGAUCGCCUUCUCAAGAACUUUGACUUUGAUUUUGGCUUCUGUAUCCCCAGCAGCCGAAAUACCUGUGAGCACAUUUAUGAGUUUCCCCAGCUUUCAGAGGACCUCAUCCGUCUGAUGGUAGACAACCCCUAUGAGACCCGCUCAGACAGCUUCUACUUUGUGGACAACAAGCUGAUCAUGCACAAUAAGGCCGACUACGCCUACAAUGGGGGCCAGUAGCAUCCUUUGUUAGU